UUCUUCUCCUCCAUUUCCACCUCUAUCUCCAUGGAACUGCCAGUGAAGUCACCAGCUUCGCGUGCCCGGAAAGGGUCUUACAGGAUAGAAACCAGGAGUUUGUCCUACAAGCUGGGCAGUAGGUAUGAUGAGGUGAAAAGGGUCUGUUGUGGUUGGGGUUCUGAGGAGGUUCCUGAGUUGAUACUGAAGGGUGUGAGUUGUGAAGCUAGGCCUGGUGAGAUCACUGCCAUUGCUGGUCCUAGUGGGGCUGGGAAGACCACAUUGCUUGAAGUUCUUGCUGGGAGGACAUGUGGUAGAGUCUGUGGGCAGGUGCUUGUGAAUGAUCAGGCCAUGGAUGCUGGACUUUUUCGUCGAAAAUCGGGGUAUGUGACUCAAGAUGAUGCAUUGUUUCCAUUGCUGACUGUUGAAGAAACUCUCAUGUAUAGUGCUCUUUUGAGGCUUCAGGGUGGGAGAAGAGAGGCUGGCAGUAGGGUGAAGGAGCUGAUGAGGGAGCUUGGAUUGGAACAUGUUGCAGGUUCCAGGAUUGGUGGGGGAGGAUCAAAUGGAGGCAUUUCAGGUGGGGAGAGAAGAAGAGUUUCCAUUGGAGCCGAAUUAGUCCAUGAUCCUGCUGUUAUUUUCAUCGACGAACCGACUUCAGGGUUGGAUUCAGCAUCAGCUCUGCAUCUGAUCUUGCUGCUGAAAGCUACGAUGGUUGGUAAAGGAAAGACUGUUGUUUUAACCAUUCAUCAGCCUGGUUUCCGAAUCCUCGAGCUCGUUGACCGUCUCGUUUUGCUCUCAAAUGGACUGGUUCUUCACAAUGGAUCAUUGAAUCUUCUUGAAGAGAGGCUAAAGUUUGCUGGUCAUUGCAUUCCUAGGCAUGUCAAUGUGCUUGAAUUCGCCAUUGAUAUUGCAGAAAACUUGGCUGUACAACCUUCAGAAGCUCCCAACAACCACUUGGCUCUAGAUGAAAAGGGUUCUGAAGAAAAAAAAGAUGCAUGCGCCAGCUUAUACAGAGAAGAAAAGCCUCCCUUCUACUCGAAUUCUCGGUUUGAGGAGGUUUUGAUCCUAGGACAAAGAUUUUGCAGCAUCAUAUUUAGAACCAAGCAGCUCUUUGCUGCUAGAAUCAUACAAGCCUUAGUAGCUGGACUGGUACUUGGGACUGUGUUCAUUAACACCAACAAUGAUCAAGGGAAAAUGGCCUUACAAGCGCGAAUUGGUUUCUUUGCCUUCACUCUCACUUUCUUGCUAUCUUCCACAACAGAAGGCCUCCCGAUUUUCCUGCAAGAGAGAAGAAUUUUGAUGAGGGAGACCUCAAGAGGAGCUUAUAGAGUAUCCUCUUAUGUUCUAUCAAACACCCUCAUCUUUCUUCCUUUCCUUUUGAUGGUUUCCCUUCUAUACGCCACUCCUGUCUACUGGCUUGUAGGUUUGAGGAGGGAUAUGGAUGGAUUCCUCUACUUCUCCCUUGUGGUUUGGCUUGUUGUCUUAAUGUCGAAUUCAUUCGUCGCGUGUUUCAGUGCUCUUGUCCCAAACUUCAUCAUGGGGACCUCUGUGAUUUCAGGGCUCAUGGGGUCUUUCUUCCUCUUUUCUGGGUACUUCAUAGCCGAGAAAAACAUACCCAGUUACUGGAUUUUCAUGCACUACUUGAGCUUGUUCAAGUACCCAUUUGAGUGCUUCAUGAUAAACGAGUACGGAGGAGAGGAAGGGAAGAAGAGAUGUGUGGAAAAAGAGGGAGACCAAUGUGGUUUGUUUGGGGAUGGUUUCCUAAGACAGCAAGGCCUAGAAGAGCCACAGAAAUGGAGCAAUUUGGCUGUGAUGCUAGGGUUCAUCUUGGGAUACAGGCUGCUCUGUUUUUUUAUUCUGUUGUGUAGAUGCUGCAGAAGUACUAGAAACUAGAUACAAUCCUUACAGUUACAACAGAGGAAGAAAAUAUAUACUUGUUACUGUUCUUUUCUUCUUUCUAUUCAAUUGUUUUUUUAUCAUCUUUAUAAUGUUUUCAAUCAUUGAUUAAAGCUUUCUGUCUGCAUUUGUACCUGCUAUAAAAUCUGCAUUGAAUCUUCA